CCAACAACAUGAUGGAAAGCAGAGUGUUAUUUAGUAUCUUUUAGACUAGCAUCGUCAACCUCCUCCCGACGAAGGAAAGCCUUUGACGUGCUCCGUAAUGCCGAUCUUUUCCCGCCUCCGCAUCGGCGCGUCAGAAUCCUCGUUACCCUUUCGUCCACGCAAGACAUUAAGAAAGAAUAAGAAGCAGAUCGAACUCCCAAGUGUAAAAGAACCAGUAAACGAAUGUCUUUUCCUGCAGAGGCUGCCCUUGGAACUCCGACAAGAGAUCUAUCGCCUAGUCCUAGGCGACGCCACAAUGCAUCUGGACUACUCCCCGUACAGAUGUUUUUCAAGUUACGAAUGUCAAGCUCCUCCCUCUUGCUUCAACGGAGACGAUACAUGGUGUUCUUCCCCUUGUUUCCGCAAAGAUUGCGUGACGCCCCGUUGGAGCCGUGUCCCUCUUCUGCUCUCCUGUCAGCAGAUACACUCUGAAUCUGUAGACCUUCUCUACACAACCAGCAACUUCUGCCUCCUCGUCGGCGCCGCCGAAAACUCGUUCCUUGAGCUCACCAAACGCCUCUCGCCCCGAAACCUUAAUAGCAUUCGGUCUAUUAGUAUUCACUGGGCGUUCAUGAAUGUGAUCGAUGACGUUUUCAGCCUUGGCAAUAUCGUGCCGAACCCGUGGAAAAGAACGAAUUGGGAUCGGCUUUGGGAGAGUAUCGCUGGCAUGCAAGGUCUUCGCCACCUUGUCAUCAAUCUGUAUGAUAGUGGCAGCAAGGUUGAAUGGCCGAGGGAUCUAGUGGAGAAGGAUCAUCGAGUCUUUACGCCUUUGAAGAAAAGGACGGCGCCGUUGGAGUCGUUCAGGUUGAUUAUGCCGCAUCAGCUGGCUGAGGAGGUGGAAGUGGGCGGGAAGGUGUACGCUGUGCAGCCCUGGUUGUCGUGAAGCGGGCGAGAUUCGUGCUCAGAUUGCCGCUAGAAUUGAGGUGGGUAAUUUUCGUCACGGUUUCAUUGCAUCAUUUCUGCAAAAGUCCAUCCAUUCGGCAAAAUACCAUGAAAUGGUAAUACAUAUCAUAUCAGUAAUACAAUCAUAUAGGUGAAAGG